AUGUACAGUCUUAGAGGUUGCGGUGGCAACCAUUUCGGCAUGUUUGCAGGUACGCGGUCCGACUUCAUCAUUACACAACAUCCCGAAUUUAAUCUCGGUCGGGUCGCCAGCGAGCAAGGACUCGGAAAUCAGUGGGACACCAGUCGAUGUGCUUCCCGCGUCAACAGGAGCUUCGUCCUGCAGCGCCUCCAUGAAAGUCGCCUCCAGGGCUCUCCUCGCCUUCGUGGGCCGCGAGAACACGGGCUCACGCUGAAAGAUCGGGCUCUGGUUCGUGCGGCAACGUUGCCCAGCGGCAUGUUCGACACCCUGAACCCGGAGGCUUCAGCGGACGAUCUUUUCAAGUCCAUGAAGGCCUUCGCCUUGCGCAAGAAGCGAGGAGAAGUGCCUCAGGUGCCUCAGGCUCAUGCUGGAAGAAAAAAAUUCCGCUAUCCACAAGGAAUCGGACAAUACAACUACACCGUGCCGGAGCAAGCUCUGCCGAUUUUACAGAAGUUUCAGAGACCCCUGGUAAAUCCACCCAUCUUGCCAAAAGCUGCUUGA